AACAACUAGAAAAGAAGAAAAAGAAAAAUUUCAUGUAAUAACAAAUUUUUAUUGCUUAAAUAGCAACAAAUAACAAAAAAAAUUCAUUUAAAAAUAGAAAUUGUGCAAAAUUUCAGCUUAUAUCUUAAAAAUUCAAUAAAUUAAGUGUUAAAUUCUAGCAAAUUAAUGGGAAAAAAUAUAAAAUAAAUUAUCAAAAUUUAUUUGCAAAAUAAAGUGAAGUGUCAUUUUAACAAAGAGUAAUUAAAAAUUAACCACAAAAUUUGGGUUUUUUUCUACAAAAAUCGUAUAAUAAAUGGAAUAUUGGAUAAUUUUUUCUUAACAACAAUAAAACAACAACAAAUUUAAAAGAAAAGUAUCCUUCACUCUUCAGCACAACACGCCUUAAAUUAUUUGGAUUAUUUAUACAAAAAAAAAAAUUGUAUAUUGAUUUUUUUUAAAUAAACAACUUUAAUUAAUGAUAUAAUUGGACUCUUGUGCGCUUACGUGAAAAUAAAUUUCAAUAAAAAUUUAUAUAAAACGCAUCUCAAGAAUCUAUAACACAACAUUUCAUACAAUUUAAAGCCGUAAAGAAGAAAAACAUUAAAACGAGUUAUGUAACGUAACGUAAACCGUAACGUAAAAGAAAAAAAUACAAACAAAGAAAAGAAAAAUAGCCUUGUUUUUUGAAAUAAAACUUUAUGAAAAUGUUGUAUUUUUACGAAAAUGUAUCGUUAUCUUAACAUACAAUUGAAAAGAACAAAAUUGCGCAAUUAUCAUCAGUUAUUGUUAUAUUUUCUUAUAAUUGUUUACGUAAUUACGAAAAUAAACAAACGUCUAACGUAAUAAAAAAGCCAAUUUUAAACGUAACUAAAACGCAGUGUUUAUUAAUAAUAUAUUUAAAUUUUUGUUACGGAUUUUUUAACUCUCAAACGCUGUUUAAAUUAUAACGUUGAAUAAAUUCCAAAAUAUAAAAAAUUACACUCUCUCUAACACUCACUAUCAAUCAAUUAAUAAAUCUACUUAGCAUAACUACAUCAGGAAAAAUUCUAAAUCUUAAGAUUUAAAUUUUUCGAAUAAUUUUUAAACACGCUUUUUGAUCAAAAGAAAAAAAUUAAGAAAAAGCGCCAGAAAAAAAAACAAGGAACAUUUUAAAACCCUUCUCCUGCCAUUACGUUAAAACUGAAUUAUUUUAUUUAUUUAUGUAUAUUACACUAAUUUAUUGUGUUAUUUUUGCUACCCCAUUUAAAUUUUAUUUAACACAUUAAUCAUAAAUAAAAAAAAAUCAUCAAAAUAAAAAAUAACUAAACAAAAACAACUGCCUUUACAACCCAAAAGUAAAAAAUUAUAAAAAAAAACUACAAUAAACACCCACCGAAUAAAUCUGGCAUCAUUGUAUAAAUAAACUAACAUCUAAGAAACGUCAAAACUACCACCAACUACCACACGUCAACUUUACGUCACCAAAGGAUAAACAACAAAAACAAAUCAUCAUAAAAGCAGCAAAAAAGAGAGAGAGUAGCCAAAAAGACCAGCAAAAGAGAACAAUCAAAAGAUCAAUAACAUUGCUAAACUAACACCAAAAUCUACCACCAGCUAACUGCAAAACUACAACCCCUUUUCUACACUUUUUAAAGAAUUCUUCAAACAUUUACAUUUCAACACUGCUAAGAACUUCAUCUCCUCUCAAAAGCCUGGGGCUGCUAGUUGGUGAAAACUAGCUGGCUGGCUGAGCCUUCAAAAUAAACUCCUUAAUCUUGAAAAUAACCCACUUGCAGAGAAAGCGGGUUUUAUUUUGUACAAAAUAUGGCAACACCUCAAGUCAAAGACUUGGUGUUGCGUUCGCCAGCUGGUUCAUCCGAGGUCUUAACAUUUUCGUGGCCCCUUCAAGUUGGUACCGGCCAAGAUAGACACGAUAAUGGCAUUGAUAUUAUCGAUACCAUUAAAUUUGUUUGUGAUGAACUGCCAAGCAUCUCAUCGGCAUUCGAAGAGAUUAAUCUUAAUCAUAUAGACACUGCCUGUUAUAAGACUAUGACAAAUCUUGUCGAUCGUUUCAAUAAAGCCGUGGAUAGUAUUGUUGCAUUGGAAAAAGGAACCUCACUGCCUGCUGAGCGUCUAAAUAAAUUCGCUCAUCCCAGCCUCUUAAGACACAUUUUACAAUUAGUUUACAAUGCUGCCGUACUCGAUCCCGAUAAACUUAAUAAUUAUGAACCAUUUUCACCGGAGGUUUAUGGUGAAACCUCCUAUGAAUUGGUACAACAAAUGAUAAAACAUGUAAAUGUUACCAACGAUGAUACAUUCAUUGAUUUGGGUUCGGGUGUAGGACAAGUUGUUCUACAAAUGGCCGGUUCAUUUCCGCUAAAAUCAUGUAUCGGCGUGGAAAAAGCCGAUACACCCGCCCGUUAUGCCGAACGUAUGGAUAUGUUUUUUCGUCAAUUUAUGGCAUGGUUUGGCAAACGUUACUGUGAAUACAAACUGCUAAAGGGAGAUUUUCUGGUCGAUGAACAUCGUGAAAAGAUAACAAGUUCAUCGUUGGUAUUUGUAAAUAAUUUUGCCUUCGGUCCGAAUGUGGAUCAUCAGUUGAAAGAACGUUUUGCCGAUUUGCGUGAUGGUGCAAGAGUAGUAUCGUCUAAAUCGUUUUGUCCUUUAAACUUUAGAAUAACAGAUAGAAAUUUAAGUGAUAUUGGUACGAUUAUGCAUGUCAGCGAGAUACCGCCGUUAAAAGGUUCAGUUUCCUGGACCUGUAAACCCGUAUCAUAUUAUCUACAUGUCAUCGAUCGCACAAUUCUAGAACGUUAUUUCCAACGUCUCAAAACUCAAAAAGGUGCUGAAAACGAUCAUCAUGCGGGUGGCAAUACACGCACUACCCGAGAUCGUGCCAAACGUGAAGCCAAUAAUCAAGCUUUAACAAACUCCCAAAAUUCCAACUCGAAUACUGCACGUACAAAUUCUCCCGCUGCCCAUGUUAAUAAUACAACGACUACUAAAACUAGACAACAACAGCAGCAGCUACAAGAACAACAGAAGCAACAGCAGCAGCAACAACAACGCAGUAUGGAAGUGGAUACAUCAACAGAAAGUGAUGGUGAAGCCAAUACCACCAACGGCAAUAGCAAUUGCAGUGGUGGCCCGACCGUAACGCGAAAAGUAUGGUCCGAUUGGGGCAGUUCCAAAGGAGGCAAAAGUUCCCAAACCGACGAGGAGGAGAAUAACAAUUUUAUAACAACGACUUCGCGCACUGCGCGUACUACAACACAGAAAAAACGCAAGAAAUUAACGCGCAAAGCAGCCAUAGCCAGUAAAAGUGCCGCUGCAGCAGCUCAACGAGAAGCGGCCGCUAAAGAAAGAGCCGAAGCAGCUCAGGCCUCUAAAGAUAAUUCUUCCAAAGAAGAUUUUGGUGGCAAUUCUACAGGUGGUGGUUCAGCUACAGCCAAAGGACGCAAGGGUCGCUUAAAGAAGGGGGCUCGGGGAAGGAAGAAUAUCAAAAUUGCCGGCUUGGAUGUGUUGCAUCAGGAAACUUUACUCUCUACAUCUGUGGAAGCCAUGAGCAAAAAGUUACCACCCGCCCCAGGCACCAUAGAUCAACAAUUAACUUCACUGUUAACUGAAAACAUGGAUCACACCGAAUUGGAAAUACCCACUUCACCGCAAGACACUCCCUAUGCCUUGCAAAUCCUGCUAGAUGUCUUUCGUUCGCAGUAUAUGGCUAUGAUAGAUCAAAUGAAAUCCAAGUCCUUUAUACCCAAUAUCAAAAGACAAAUACAAUUGGAACAGGAACGCAAACAACGCAUAAAAAAUCGAGCUUCCCAAUUAGAUAAACAAAUUAAAGUGCUAAUAGAUGAUAGUGUGGCCUUGUUAAAAGUACGUAUGAAUGAGCUGGGCAUUAAUGUGUCCUCGCCCAAUGAUCUUAUAGCCAAAGCUAAGGAGAUAGUGGGACGUCAUAAAGAGCUGCAAGGUAUAGCCAAGAAGAUUCAAUCACAAGUUACCGCUUGCGAAAUGGAACAGAAACGUUUGCUGAAAAAACAUCUACAGCAACUGCCCGAAUACCAAAAAUUGUAUGGCAUCAAUGGAAAAACCAAAUUGCAUGAUUUAGCAGGCUCUGAAUUGUCUGAAGCUUCGGCCCAUGAAUUGGUGCUCAAGGAAAUUGCUAAUACUUUGGCGCAACGCAAGAAACUAGUGGCCCAAGUCUCCAGUAUAGAAAAAGAGGCCAAUAGUUUGGAAAAGGCGGUAGAUGAAAGAAGAACAGCUGCCGCUUUAAUGGCCCAAGGCACCAAUAUUAUAUUAGCCAAUAGUUCAGCCAACCCCAAUAGCAUUAAUAAUCCUAACCAACCUUUACAACUUACUACCAACCACAAUCACUUGAAUUCUAUUAGCAUAAAUCAUGCCCCUUCUACGGCGAAUCAUUCGGCCUCAGUGGGAGCUUCUACUUCAUCUUCAGCAUCGUUGUCCGUAACUCCAGCAAACAAUAGCUGUUCUACUACCUCUUUAGUGCCAAAUAAUAUGAAUAAUACCAAUACUGCUAUCCAACCCUCUAUAACAGUAACGAAAACUUCUAGUAAAUCAGUGCGUCGUAGUAGAGAUCAUCGUACACGUUCCCAGGAAUGGCCGGACGUACCAGAUGUGGGUAAGAUAGAAGAAAGCAAUCCCGAGGUAUUGGCCCAAAAGAUUUUGGAGACCGGACGUAAAAUAGAAGCAGGCAAGUUGACCACUAACUCCUCCUCGUCUAAGCAUCAACAAAACAUAGCUAACAAUCAUCAUCAUCAACAACAUCAUCAGCAUCAGCUGCAGCAAUUGCAAGCUCAGCAGCAGCAACACCACCUAAUUAACCAAAAUUCUCAUCAUCAUAUGCAACAGCAACAUAUUCCGCCUCAUCAUCCCGAAGAUAAACCCUACAGAAAUAAACAUCACGCUGCAACACAUCAUCAUCAUCAACAGCAGCCGCAGCAUCAUCUACAGCAUUCACAGCAACGUUCAAGUAGUAAUGAACAUUUACCAUCUAUAGGUGUUUAUGCAGCUGCUGGACAAGCAGAUCCUAGUACUUUAAUGCCUGCUCCCAAACAAAGGGACAACAAUCUACUGUUACCCUCGAAUACGGGCACUUCAAUACGACCCAUUAACAACAGCAACAACGCAAUGACUAGUGGCAUUUUACCCAAAUGUGAAUUGCCCGGCAUGCGUAAAACAAAUAACAACAAUGUGCCCGUUGUUAGCAUACAAGAGUCUCCCAAAGUGGCCAAUUUCGAAGAUAGACUUAAGAGUAUCAUAACCUCAGCCCUCAAUGAAGAUCAAGAGCAACGCAAGGCCCAACAGGUGGUUAAUCAAGUGCAAGUUGAAGUUUCUCCCUCGCCACAGCAAUCACCCAUACCAAAACGUAGCAAACACUCGCAUCUUAAUGCAGGAUCGUCCUCCUCCUCGUCAAAUACUCAUAAUUCUUUAAGCAGUAUUAUAAAUGUUGCUACCCAUGGCAUGACUCAUCUAAAUGCUACCACCACUAUAUCACCCAUAACGCCUGCAUUACCACCACCACAACCGCCAGCCACACAUGGUGCUGGUGCAGCUGGUCUUGGGCUCCCAAAAUAUGGUGCUAGCAAAGGUAUGUUACUGCAGCCUCUUAACUCUUCUGCAACGUCUUCCUCAGGGGCGGUUAGCAACUCUUCGUCAACGAAAUCCUCCAAAUAUCAUCAGUCUCUUAAUGUUAAUGCCAAUAAUCCACAUAAUCAACAUUUGAAUAAUAUUUAUGGUGCAGCCGAACACAAUUUGCACAGACGACGUAGUUCGGUAUCAGCGGCUAAUUAUGAACAAUAUAUGGCCAGUCAACAGAGAGAAAGGGAAAGAGAACAUCAGCUGCAACAACAGCAGCAGCAUAUGAUGAAUAUGACUCAGCAUAAUCCCCACAAUCUAUCACUGGAAUUCAAACAGCCUCCGCUUAGUGCGGAAAAUCAUUUACAGCAACGUUCCAGUAGUCGUGAAAUGUUAAUGGAAGAUCCAGCACCUCCGGUGCGUUCCUCAUCGGCCAAUUCGGAUUCGGCUUUGCAAUAUUAUCCUCCCACCCGUGAUCGUCUAAUGUCUCUGGAAAGAAGCAGUAGUCGGGAAUCGGCCAUAUCACAACAUCAUACAGCACAACAUCUCAUUAACCCACAACAACAACCACCCAGCCGGCCCAGCUCAAACUCCUCACAACCCGACUAUACACAAGUCUCCCCCGCUAAAAUGGCUUUAAGGCGUCAUUUGUCACAGGAGAAACUUAAUCAGGUGCCACCCGGCUCAGCGGCUACGUCCGGCAAUUCUCUGCCACCCAUGUCCUCCACCAAAACUAUAGGCGAUUUGGUUAAUGGUGAGAUAGAAAGAACUCUGGAGAUAACCCAUCAAUCAAUAAUAAAUGCUGCCGUUAAUAUGUCCACUGUGGGAUCGGCUUCCGGAGAACGUAAUCCUUAUCUCUUCGAACGUAGCCUCUACAAUAAUGAUAGAGAACGAGAUCGUUCUAACGACAGAGAACGCGAACGCGAAAGAGAAAAAGAACGUGAACGCGAACGUGAACGUGAAAGAGAACGUUUGAUUAUUAAUAAUCAUGCUCAAAGACCCGAACGUGUACAUGUUAAAAUGGUUGAUGAUGUUAGCAAUCCCAACUACUCUGACAUCUCGCCGAGAGCAGCAACACAAUCAGCGCCGUCUGGUCGUAAAUCUCCUACAUAUGCUCAUAAUUUAGCCACGUUGGCAAAUGUUGCAUAUCAGCACAAAACAAUACCAAAUGCAAAUUCAACAACAAAUAAUCAUCAUGCCUCAACGUCCUCCACCAACUCCUCGGCUUCUGCUGUGCCAACAAGACACUACAACAACAGUGCUACUAGUAGUCAGAAUACUAACAGUCAACGUGAAAGAGAUUUAAAUAAUUUACCAUAUCAUCAUAUGUCCUCCUCAGCAUCAAAUGCUGCUGCCAAAAAUUCUUCAAUUAACUCGACUACCACACCCACGUCGUCCACGUCGAAUCGUGACUAUCAAACGGUGGCUUUGCCCAGAGCUGAAAUGAAACCCUGUAUUGAGGCCUAUUUUCAAGAACAAGAUCAUCAUCAGUCGGCUCAGCCGCAGCAGCAGCAACAUUUAUCAUCAUCCUCCUCCUCGUCAUCCCACAGCCAUAAAUCGAGUAAAGAUAGGCAUUCUUCUUCGCGUAGCAAUCGUUUGAAUGGCACAAAUCCUCCUUUAGAAGGUUUGGCCGCCUCAUUAAUGGCAUCACGUAAAUUCCGGGAGGAACACGAGGAACGACAAAAAAGAGCCGCAGCAGCGUCCACAACCACAGGUCAUCAUAAUAACGAUCAUCAUGCUGGUAAUCAUGGCCAACAUCAUCAACAGCAGGCGACGCAAAAUCGUCAACAUCAUAAUAAUGCUGCGGAACAUUAUAGCAAUUCAUAUGGUCAGCAGGCAACAUCAACGCAACAUAAUAAUCAUCAUAAUGGCUCUUCUAUGAAGGUGGAACUUGGUGUAAAACGUACAUCACCCAUGACAAAUAAUCAUCCGAGGGCUUCAAAAGUGCCACACUAUUCCAAUGAGCCGUCUUUAGCACAUCAUGGCACACACUCCGGGCAAAACUCUUAUGCCAAUACUAAUGGCGGAGGUAUCAAUAGUGGUCAUCAUCAGGGACAUCAUAGUUCACCCACCUCUACGAAUUCGGCUGGAGCUGGAGCUAAUUCUUCAAAUAGACGUGGUAAUAAAUUAAGCUUGGAACCUUUACUUAUGAGUCCUGAAAUUAAUUCCAUAAUGGGAGGUGAUGAGGCUAGAACAAUGCAACAGCAUAAUUCUGCUGCUAAUAAUAGGCAAAACUUACAUAAUAACAACAACAAUAGUCAUCAACAUCAUGGUCAUUACAAUAACAAUUAUCAUCAUCAACAACAAGCCCCUCAACACUCUUCCAAUAAUCACCACAACAGUCACCAUCACCAACAUCAUCAUCAACAACAGCAACAACAUCAUCAUAAUCAUCAUAAUAAUGUCCCACAUUUAAAUAGUCGCAAUUCAAACAACAACAACACAAGCAGCAACAACAAUUCCGCCACAUCAUCAUCUUCCACUUCUUCAAAUGUUCUUACGAAUUCUAAUCCCAUCGUAGGAAAUCGUAAUGCAGAUGAUGAAUACUUUGAUAAUAACAUUACAUCCUCUACAUCAAAACACCCAUCACUACCACCAACAUCCUCUUCUUCAUCACAUUCCAGUUUACAAUUGGAGAAGAAGGAAGAUGAGCCCAUCAAUUACCAAACCAAUCCUCAUAUAUCACAACAUAACUUACACUUAGAACAUAAUAGCACAAUUACCAGAUCUAAUUCACCUAAUACUAAUUCAGCACAAUCUUACAAUUAUUCACCACCAUCUUUUUCACCUCCCAACUCUUCCCCUCCAAUUACAACAAAUUUAUUAAAACGUCUUGAUUUGGAUUUUUCCGAUAGUGAUAAAGAUACUAGAAAACCUUCGUAUAUUAAUUCUGAUGAUGAUUCAUCUUAAUGUUUGUUAAACAAACUUCUCUUUAAGACUAGACUCCUCCUGUACAAGAAUUUUAAGAAAUUUGUUAAAGAGGGAUUAAAUUAGGAAUUACUAUUUAGGGAGACUCUAAUAAUGUCAAAUUUUUAAUUCUUAAAAUUUUACAACUUAUUUUUACAAAAAGAAUUUGUACAUAUAUUUUGAGAUAUUGUUUAAAUGUAUCGAUGUGUCAAAUAUUUGUUAUGUUUUAAGAUAUAUUAUUGUUGAUAUACAAUUCAUUAAAGGGGUUUUCUUAGAAAAAUUUUAAUUUUUGAGAAAUUUCGAAGAGUAUUGGUCUCAUUAACAUAAAACUAUUUUCGAACUUAAAAAACUUCUGAAAAUGCUUUCAAACUAUUUGAAAUAGGCCGCAAUUAAAACACAAAUUAUAUUUUUAGAAAUCCUUAGGAUUUAGAGAUUAUUUCGAGAGUUUUAAAAAUUUUCUUUUUCUUUUGAAAAUGUUUUUUAACAUAUAUUCUGCAAGUACUUUAAUAUUGCUUUCAAAAUCAUGAAAAAUUUUGAUAAAAAUUUCAAAAUUUGUAAGUUCGAAAUUCGAAAAUAUAAGAAAUUAGUUUCAAAUCAAAAUAAAAUUAUAUGUUUAUUAAUCCUUGUGAUUUGGAGGUUAUUUUACGAGCUUAAAAUUUUUUUCGAACUUAAGUUCGAAUUUUCGAACAUGUUUUUAACAUUAUUUUAUGCAAGUACUUUUAAAAUACUUUAAUAAUCAUGAAAAAUUUUGAUAGAAAUCUCAAAAUUUCUAUGUUCGAAAUUCGAAAAUAUAAGAAAUUGGUUUUAAAUCAAAAUAAAAUUAUAUUUUUAUUAAUCCUUGUGAUUUGGAGAUUAUUUUACGAGCUUUAACAUAUUUUCGAACUUAAUUUCGAAUUUUCGAAAAUCUUUAGAACAUGUUUUUAACAUUAUUUUAUGUAAGUAAUUUUAAAAUACUUUAAUAAUCAUGAAAAAUUUUGAUAGAAAUCUCAGAAUUUCUAUGUUCGAAAUUCGAAUAUAUAAGAAAUUGGUUUCAAAUCAAAAUAAAAUUAUAUUUUUAUUAAUCCUUGUGAUUUGGAGAUUAUUUUACGAGCUUUAAAAUUUUUUCGAACUUAAUUUCGAAUUUUCGAAAAUUUUUCGAACAUGUUUUUAACAUUAUUUUAUGCAAUUACUUUAAAAAUACUUUAAUAAUCAUGAAAAAUUUUGAUAGAAAUCUCAGAAUUUCUAUGUUCGAAAUUCGAAAAUAUAAGAAAUUGGUUUCAAAUCAAAAUAAAAUUAUAUUUUUAUUAAUCCUUGUGAUUUGGAGAUUAUUUUACGAGCUUUAACAUUUUUUCGAACUUAAUUUCGAAUUUUCGAAAAGUUUCAAAAUUGAUAAGAUCCACAAUUGUCCCUUUAAAUGUCAUUUUAAAGCUGAUACCACAUUGAGAUCAUUCGAUUUUUUUUUUUUU